AUAUACUUUAUAUUUUUACUCCUAUGACUAGUUCUUUGACUUCUUAUUGUUUUCAUUUUGUAGGAUGUCUUGUUGUGUAACUUCUUUGGGUCAUGCCCUUUCAAACACCAUUGGAGAGUCUUAUAUCAGUUUAUGAAUAAGAUUAAUUUGGUUGAUUCUAAAUCCCUUAUAUCUUUUCCAAGUUUUGAUGAGGCAAAACACAAUGUCUUGUGCUCUGAGCUGAAGCAACUAUAUGUGCCUAUAACUCGUACACGGCAAAGGUUAUGGAUCUGUGAUAUUAUAGAUGAAGUUUCCAAACCAAUGUUGGAAUACUGGGAAAAGUUGUCCCUCAUUCAGGUCAGAUGUCUGCAUGAUUUACUUGCUCAGGGAAUGCAAGUUGCAAGCAGACGAGAUGAGUGGAGGUCACAGGGUUUCAAGCUCUUCUAUGAACAUAACUAUGAAAUGGCAAGACUCUGCUUUGAAAAAGCAGGGGACAUGUACAAUGAAAAGUUUGCUAGGGCUGCUAGUCUUCAAGCAUUGGCUAAUAGUAUAUCCAGUUCAAGUCCUCAAAUGGCCAAAAAUUACCUUAGUGAGGCUGCUGAUAUGUUUGAAGGCAUUGGCAAGGCUGAAUAUGCUGCCAAGUGUUUUUUUGAAAUGAGGAGUUACGAAAGAGCAGGGAGAAUUUAUAUGGAAAAAUGUGGGGAACCUAUGCUGGAUAAAGCCGGGGAAUGUUUUUCUCUGGCAAGAUGCUACAAGAGUGCAGCUGAGGCCUAUGCUAAAGGAAACUAUUUCUCAGAGUGUUUGGCUGUAUGCAUUAAAGGAAGACUCUUCUACAUGGUUUGCAGGUCAUCCAGCAGUGGAAACAAAACAGUAAGGGUGCUAUUAAAGAAAGUGGUGAAAUACACAGAAUUGAACAGAAUUUGUUAGAAGGAUGUGCCCGUCACUGUCAUGACCUUAAAGAUCUCACAGGCAUGAUGAAGUAUGUUAGAGCUUUCCAUUCCUUUGAGUCGAUUCGCACUUUCUUGAGGGACUUAUGUUGUCUC